GUCGAGGAGAGAGAAGAAGGACAUGCCCAACCAGAUGCCCACGUAGCCGCCAAGGUAGCCGAACACCUCGAUGAACUGCACGUCAGAGGAGGGUGACAAGGUAUUUGAAAUGCGUAAUCAUCUCUAGCUGGGAGUCCGCACUGUCCGUAGGGGACUCGGACAGCGACUCCAUGUUCGACUGCCUGACGGCGAACCGCACCAAGAUCGACUUCGUGAAACAGACGGCCACCUUCGUGUGGAUCCUCCCCGAGACUGACCACUCGCCCAGGCAAGAACUUACGUUUUCGGUCAGGCCCGGGCCUCGACCUGGCACUAUGGAGAUGACCCUAGGCGACGAUCCGACAGUCUUGGAGGGCAUAUUCUACUACAUGGACGACAACUGCCUCGUGAUGGACUUGGAGUAUCACGGACAUCAAUGCCUUCUCUGGGUUCGGAAGGAGGUGAAGGACUUGGUUCCGCAGGAGUGCUUCGAACGUUUCUCCGAUGCCUGCGGGGAGCCCCUUCGCGAGCACAGGAGGGAGCUCUGCCCCGACAGCUAGAUCGACAGCAAGAUCGACAGCUAAAUCGACAGCUAGAUCGACAGCUAAAUCGACAGCUAGAUAGACAGCUAUAUAGAAAGCUAUAUAGACAGCAAAAUCGGCUACUAGGUUCACAGCUAGGUGAACGCCUAGCUAUUGCCGUUUGUAUGAUAUUGAUAUGUAUGAUAGCUUUGUAUGAUAUGAUAGCAUUUGUAUGAUAGCUUGAUAUUGCCAUUUGUAUCGAAAAGGAGAUGUACAGCUAGUUCGACAGUUAAUCGAUAGCUCGACUGACAAAUGGGUUCUCAACUACAUGGACAACUAUAGCUAUACAUUUGUGUCUAUUACUAUCUAUGACUAUGCGGGAAAUGCUAUGUCAUUUUUUUAAAACGUAUUUAGGGCAAAUUAGUGCCCCGCACGUGUUAUAUAGCUGCUAAAUAGCUGCAAAGGUUCACUUGUCCUGCCAUCAUCUUUCGCUCAUACAAUAUUUCAUUGUUGUGGAGAAGACGCUGCAUACUUUGUUUGUUGCCAUGAUUUUCUCGAUAGAAUUGUCGCAGACAGUAUGUCGGCAGACAGACUGACAGAUGCACGACCAGAUAGACAGUUGAUUCAACGAUUGGAUCCACAGCCAGAUCGACAUGCAGCAGCGUCGCAAUUGCUAUACGUCUGCAGGCAGAAUGACAAAUCGACGGUGUUCAUCGACAACUGGACCGACAGUUAUAAAUGGACCGUCGAGAAUCAUGGAUGAUGGAACAGCUACGAACGUGCACCCUUAUAUGGUCGGAGAGCUGGAAGAAGAAAACUCAUACCAUCGGCACGACGAGAGGUCACAUUUCCAAUAUCACUCUGUCAUUGAAUAAAAUAUUUGCUGUUA